AUGCGAAUCCGCUAUCCCUUCGCGGGCGCCUUCGUCUUCAUCCUCAUUCUCGCGGCCUACAUCGGCCUCCUCCCACACAGCGCCUCACCCUCCAUCCCAACCACCCUCCAGCCCAACGACAAAUUCCUCCACCUCGUCACCUUCUUCGUCCUCUCCCUCGUCUUCUACUGGAUCCUGGACACCACCCGCCGCCGCUGUCUCCAGCUCACCCUCGUCGUCUGCACGCUCGCCCUCGGCAUCGGCUCGGAGAUUAUCCAGGGCCUCCUCCCCAACGACCGCGCCUUCGACCCCUUCGACCUCGUCGCCAACCUCAUCGGCAGCCUGGGCGCCGUCGGCCUCUGCAGCUGGUACCACCGGCGGAUGCUGGAGCGGCGGCGCAAGGCCCGCUUCGGCGCGCUGGGCGACGAGCACGAGCUCGAGCACCACGAUGACGUCGAGCUCGGCAUGGGCUUGAACGGCUCGGACCGCGGGCUGGGGCCCCAGGAAUCCGGCGUCCUGACCCUCGAGCAGGAGGUGGAUAAUUGGGACGAGAAUGCGGUUGAUAGCUGGGAUGCGGACGAGGGUGCGGACGAGUACGCGGCGACGCGGAGGGAGGACUCGAAGAGUUCGGCUGCUCCGGCUACUGGGGAGGGCGUGGAUGGGAAGAAGCGGAGUGAUUGA